CUAAUGAUGCAAGCUGCAGAAAUUAGAGGUGUUUUUAUUAACUGGCAAUCGUAUCUGCAGUGCCAAAUGAUUACUGAAUCGGAUUAUAAUUUUAUUGUUGAAUUUGAUAAACUGAAAGAGGCUCCCAAAGAACGCGAUGCUUUCAUCCAAAACUCAAAGUUGGAGUGCCCUAAAACGUUUAUUAAUCUGAUUAGUCGAAUCUCAAAGGAUCAAACUGUUCAGUAUAUACUAACACUGAUUGAUGACAUGUUUGAGGAAGAUAAAUCACGUGUUAAACUCUUCCACGAAUACACUGAAGUAAAUAAAAGCGCACAAUUAUGGUCUUCAUUCUUAAAUCUGCUUAACCGUCAAGAUAUUUUUACAGUGCAUAUGUCUAGCCGAAUUAUGGCAAAGUUAGCCUCUUUUAGCAGCGCUAGAUUACAAGGAAGUGACCUAAACUUCUAUCUAACCUGGUUAAAUAAUCAAUUAACUGUACUGGGAAAUGAUUACUUGCAGAGUGUUGUUAAUGUCCUGCAAACUAUACUCCGUGUAGAUGACUAUCGUUUAUCGUUUGUGAAAACUCAUGGAAUUAAAGGGCUUGUUGACCUUUUAAAUACAAAAGUUAGCUUUCAGCUGCAAUAUCAAAUUACUCAUUGCUUGUGGUUGUUAGCAUUUAAUCCCUUAAUUGCUACCAAAAUGAAUGAGCAUAACGUAAUUCCAGUGCUUGCCGAUAUUUUGCGUGAUUCUUCUAAAGAAAAAGUAACCAGAAUUGUCUUGGCAACUCUACGAAAUUUAUUAGAGAAGCCUUCUCCUUCUGAAGUACAAGGAAAUGCUCUUGCAAUGAUUCACUCAAAAGUUAUAUCGAUGUUGAUUGUUCUCGAAAAUAAGAAUUGGGCUGACAGUGAUAUUAAGGACGAUAUCGACUUCAUUCAUGAAAAACUGUCAAUGAAUCUUAAUUUCUUAAGUACCUUUGACGAGUAUGCUGGAGAAGUAAAGUCUGGCCAUUUAGAAUGGAGCCCAGUACAUCGUUCGGAGCGAUUUUGGCGAGAGAAUGCUUCUAUGCUAAAUGAAAACAAUUACGAAAUAUUAAAGAUCUUGUUACAACUACUAUCAGAUAGCCGAGAUCCUCUAGUUUUAGCAAUCGCAGCUCACGACAUUGGAGAAUAUGUCCGUCAUUAUGGUGCUGGAAAAAGGGUGAUUGAAAAAUUCGGUGGUAAAGAGCGUGUAAUGCAACUGAUGACACAUUCUGAUCAACAAGUGCGAUACGAAGCACUUUUGGCUGUUCAGAAAUUGAUGGUGCAUCAUUGGGAGUAUCUUGGAAAGCAGGUUCCUAAUGAAAAUGAAAAGCAAGGCGUAACUGCCAAGAAGUAAAUUAUUGGGAAAUGACAAUUCAUUACAAUUUAAAUAUUUCUAUUUUACCCUGUUGCAUACUGGUGACGUUCUUUGAUCACCUAUCUGUGGCAUUGCCUAUCAAUAUAUGUAACGGAUCUGUCAAUUUUAAAGUUGUUAUGGCAUAAAAUCGCUAUUGUUGCUCAAUAUUCUUAGCGUUGAUAUAUACAGAAAAUAUACAUAGACGUUUGUAAGCAAUACCCUAAAACAGUGUGAAAGAGCUGAAAAUAUGACUAUCAUUUGUAAUACUCUAAGAUGCGUUUUAUCAUAUUAAAGCUAAUAAAGGAC